ACCAAAACAUCCCAAUCCAACGGCUCACUCGGCGCUCUUGGAGGAUCCAACGGCGUGGACGAAUUAUGUCGCAAUGUUCUGGGCUUAAUUAUGGCAACCCGCCGAGUUUAUAGAUCGUCACAUGUAGCAUGUAGGCAGGCGCUCCACUCUUCGCAAGCUCACAGUGUGUUCCGCGGCGCCUGCUCUGCUCCUUUGCCAUCUUCCCCGUGCGCAACCAUGGGAACUGGCCCCGGUGCCGUCGCGCUCCACCAUCUCCUCCUUCUCUUCCUCUCCGUGGUGCUCUUCCACGCCCUCCUCGCCGCACCGGCGGAGGGCCUGGUCCGCGUCGCGCUGAAAAAGCAUCCGGUCGAUGAGCACGGUCUCGCCGCCGGAGAGGAAGCCCAGCGCCUUCUCUUGCGGCGGUACGGCCACGUCUUCAACGACGCCUCCGCCGGUGCUUCCUCCAAGCCGUCGACCGCCGCGAAGGGCGGCAGUGUGACCCUGAAGAACUGCCUGAACGCCCAGUACUACGGCGAGGUAGGCAUCGGCACGCCGCCGCAGAACUUCACCGUCAUCUUCGACACCGGCAGCGCCAACCUCUGGGUGCCCUCCUCCAACUGCUACUUCUCGAUUGCAUGCUACUUCCACCCGAGGUACAACGCCGGUCAGUCCAAGACGUAUAAGAAGAAUGGAAAACAUGUGGAAAUUCAUUAUGGGACUGGUGCGAUUUCUGGCUAUUUAAGCCAGGACAGUGUGCAAGUUGGUGGUGUAGUAGUGAAAAAACAGGAUUUUAUUGAAGCUACCGGAGAACCAAGUAUAACUUUCAUGUUUGGAAAAUUCGACGGAAUUCUAGGUCUUGGGUUUAAGGAGAUGUUGUACCUGUCUGUUCUGCCUAUUUGGUAUAACAUGGUUAGCCAAGGUCUGGUUGGUGACCUCAUUUUCUCAUUCUGGUUCAACCGACAUGCUGGUGAAGGACAAGGAGGAGAAAUUGUGUUUGGGGGAAUUGAUCCUAGUCAUCACAAGGGAAAUCAUACAUAUGUCCCUGUCCCUAAAAAGGGAUACUGGCAGUUUGAUAUGAGUGAUGUCUUGAUUGGAGGAAACUCCACAGGAUUCUGUAAAGAUGGAUGCGCAGCAAUGGCAGAUUCAGGAACUUCGUUGCUUUCUGGUCCCACAGCGAUAGUUACUCAGAUAAAUAAAAAGAUUGGUGCAACUGGGGUAGUUAGCCAAGAGUGCAAGGCAGUUGUUUCUCAGUAUGGGAAACAAAUCCUAGAUCUCCUGCUAAAGCAGGUCAGUCGGAAAAAAAUAUGUUCUUCAGUCGGUCUAUGUACGUUUGACGGUGCACAUGGCGUAAGCGCUGGUAUUCAAAGUGUGGUAGAUGAUAAAGUUUGGGGGUCGAAUGAUAUCUUUAGCAAAGUUACAUGCAAUAUGUGCGAGAUGGCUGUUGUAUGGAUGCAACACCAGCUUGCACAGAAUCAAACUCAGGAGUUUGUACUGCAGUACAUUAAUCAGCUAUGUGAUAGUUUUCCUAGCCCUAUGGGAGAAUCAUCCGUGGACUGCAACAGACUUGCAUCCAUGCCUGACAUCGCCUUCUCCAUAGGUGGUAAACAGUUUGUGCUCACACCAGAACAAUACAUCCUGAAGGUCGGUGAGGGAGUUGCUACCCAGUGCAUUAGUGGAUUCACAGCUGUGGACAUUCCUCCUCCCCGUGGUCCUCUCUGGAUCUUAGGCGAUAUAUUCAUGGGAGCCUACCACACCGUCUUUGACUAUGGCAAUCUGAAAGUUGGCUUCGCGGAGGCUGCAUAGCGGCGGGGUGUCCCCAUGGUGACCGGAUGAGCCACAGAGCAUGCAGCUUUUCAGUUUGUUUUGGUGUUCGUCGAGCAUGUAUGUGCAUAUGUCAUCCAUGCUUAAUAAUGUGUGAGGUAAUAAACCAGCCUGCUUUGGUUUGUCGGAUAUGAUGAAAUGAAGGCAGGCUCUUCAGUUGGGUCCA